GAAAGAAAAAAACACACUGGAUUGGGUGACCACUCAGAGAUCUUGAAACCUGUAUUAACGUACACUUUGACCAGGCACGUGAUCAAGCUAGCAGCUGCACGGGAACGAGUCUCAUUCCAAAGCCACCUUUGCAUCCACAUUGCAACUGGUUUGAAACAACAACAAAAAAUGAAGUUUCUGAAACUCUUUGGACGUGCUAAAUCUGUGGUUAUUGGAAUGAUUCAUGUUCAAGCCUUGCCAGGCACACCUUUAGGAAGCAUGGUCAUUCCUCAAAUUAUCGAGGAGGCAUGCCACGAGGCAGAAAUCUAUCACAAUGCGGGAAUUGAUGGUCUGAUCAUUGAGAACAUGCAUGACAUUCCAUACACAUUCUCAAUUGGACCAGAGGUGUGUGCCUCUAUGACAGCGGUGUGUGCUGCGGUGAGGGGGAUCUGUCCGUCUCUGCCUCUUGGAGUUCAGAUCCUGUCUGCAGCAAAUAGCUCAGCUGUUGCUGUUGCACUGGCUUCAGGUAUGGAUUUUAUCAGGGCAGAGGGAUAUGUCUUCUCACAUGUUGCUGAUGAAGGCCUUUUGAAUGGAUGUGCCGGAGACCUUUUGCGAUACCGCAAGCAAAUGCAGGCUGAACAUGUGCAGAUCUUUACUGAUAUAAAAAAGAAGCACAGCUCCCAUGCCCUGACUUCAGAUGUGAGCAUAGUGGAGACGGCCAGAGCAGCUGAGUUUUUCCUUUCUGAUGGUCUCAUCAUCACUGGAACAGCCACAGGGGUUCAGGCAGAUCCAAUGGAGCUCAGAGAUGUUGCAGGGUCUGUAAGACUCCCAGUUCUUAUUGGCUCAGGAGUGACCUAUGACAACGUGGAAUACUACCUUGAUGCUAGUGCAAUGAUAAUUGGCUCUCAUUUCAAGAGGGGAGGAGUUUGGACAAAUGCUGUUGAUCCAGAAAGCGUUAAAACAUUUAUGGGGAAGGUGCAUUUGCUUCGAAAAUGAAAUCCUCCAAUUUGCUGCUAAAAUAAUUUAAUGCAGAACAAUGACAUUUGGUGGUAAUAAUACAUGUAAUUACUGAAGUUAUGUCUCAUGCUAUUUAAUAAAACACAAAUAAUACCUAAA